AUGUUGGGGAUCAAUGUUAAGAGCAAGCCAGCGAAAGCAGCCGCUCUGCUGCUUCUCGCUGGAGCACCGCUUGUAGCCUCGCAAUCGAUCACCACCGCCGUCACCGUGAAUGGCACUCCGACUACCACGGUGAUUUCGCCAUCUCCCACGGGUCGAGGCUACUGCGAAUUCUUCAUCGACCACUGGGACUGUGAUCCGACGCGUUCUGAGGCGGCGUCUGGCCCAAGUGGUGCAUCUGCGUCUGCGCCGAGUAUCCAGCCUUCGCCGGUGGGUCAGAGCUGCACGUUGCAUGGCGAUCACUACCACUGCGAUGGUCCUACUACAGCAACCGCGGCGGCAGCGGCUGCACAGGCCAGCCCUACCGGACAGGGCGAGUGUGUUUUCCACAUCAACCACUGGGAUUGCGAAGGCGGAGACCACUCAGACCACGACCACUCAGGCCACGACCAUUCGGGACAUUCGCACGCCGGCCAUUCGCACGCCGGUCAUAGCCACGGACCCUCGGAACUGUACGGCUGCGGUCUGGCGCCGCUCGAAGAUUACAAUCUGCCACUUCACAUUGGCACAGUCUUUAUUCUGCUCGUCUCGUCGGCUAUUGGUGCGUUCCUUCCAAUCCUGGUCUACACGGCAGGUGGUGCAACCUCGCAGAACAAAAGAGGCCGAUGGGCAGACGAGGUGUUCUUCAUUUGCCGACACUUUGGUACUGGUGUGCUAAUCAGUACUGCUUUUGUGCACUUGCUGAGCCACGCGAUGAUGUACUACUCGAACGAGUGUAUUGGAGAGCUCAAGUACGAAGCUACUGCACCGGCUAUCGCGAUGGGUGCCGUGUGGCUGGUGUUCAUUGUCGACUUCUUCCUGCUUCGUGCGUUGAGGAAGAAGAGUUCGCAGCAGAUGCUACAGGCACACGAGAGCCACCACGAUGUGCACGGCGUCACGAAACGCGAAUCGAGCUCGACACUUGAUCGCACCCACUCGCCUGCCACGGAAGAGGAUGCAGCAACCGGAAUGUACGGCGGUCUCACCUACGCCCAAGCCAAAGUCGCCGAAUGGGACGUGUUCGCCGUCGAAGCAGGUAUCAUCUUCCACUCGAUCCUCAUUGGCGUCACACUCGGCGUCGCCACAGGUUCCGGCUUCGUAGCGCUGCUCAUCGCCAUUCUCUUCCACCAGCUCUUCGAAGGUCUCGCUCUCGGCUCGCGUCUCUCCCUGCUAAGGUGGAAGAGCACCGCGUACAAGAUGCUCAUGGCCUCCGCGUUCGUCCUUACCACCCCGAUCGGCGUAGCUAUCGGUAUCGGUGUCAGGAAGAGCUUCAACGGAAACAGCUCGGGUACGCUGAUCACUUUGGGAACGUUCCACGCUCUCAGCGCCGGUAUCCUGCUCUACACGGCGCUCGUCGAACUGCUCAGUGGUGACUUCAUUCACAACAGGCAGAUGCAGAAGAGCUCCUUGAUCAGAGCCAUCGCUGCUGUAGCCGCGUUGACCGUAGGUAUCAUGGCUAUGUCCGUGCUCGCUCUGUGGGCCUAA